AAAAGUUAAAAAGCAAAAAAAGUUGAAAAGUUGAUUCAUUCUAGUUGGAGCUUUCCGAAACUUUUCCUAGGAGCUUUUUUCUCAUCUCAAAUUAAGUGGACUUUAGGUUGACGUGUAUCCGAAUUCGAUUCCAAUAUUUUAACGAAGGCGACCCUGUUUAAUAAUGCGACUUGGCAAAACCACAAACACCUUGUGAGCAUAAUAGUUCAAAGUAGUUGGUUCAGAGCCCUCACGCAUCUGAUUUUUUCUUACUGACCGAGAAUUUGCCGAACACUCUUUUUUCACCAACAAUCUCCUUUUUCCGCACCUAUACUAUGCGCUGAUAAGAAUUGAAGAUAUUGUUGAUCGGAGAAAUGGGGAGUGAUGGGGAAACCAGUGAUUUCAGUUCGCCGACGUAUGUGGCGGUGGGAAGUAAUGUGAAGGAAGGUAAGUCGCUGUUGACUUGGGCAGUGGAGAAUUUUCAGGGGAGAGAUAUUUGCCUCGUCCAUGUUCAUCAGCCCGCGAAUUUUGUCUCACUCUUGAGUGGAAAGCUGUCGACGAGCAAACUUAAAACUCAGGUAAUUAAGGGUUGCCAGGAGCUUGAACGCUCGAAGAUGCAAAAGCUUAUGAACCAGUACCUUCUCUUCGUAUCACAAAUGGGGAAACAGGCAGAUAAAGUUUGCAUAGAAAUGAAAAAUAUUGAGAAAGGGAUUCUACAGCUUAUCAUUCAACAUGGAAUAAGACGACUCGUCAUGGGAGCAGCAGUAGGGACAUUCAACGGAAAGAAAUUGUCAGAGACCAAUUCCAGUAAAGCUAUGGUUGUCUACCAGCAGGCUCCCCUAUCGUGCCAUAUUUGGUUUAUUUCCAAAGGUUGCCUCAUAUAUGAAAGGCCUGUGCGCUUUGAUUCUCAUUCAACCACAGCUGUGGCGCUCUUGCCUUCAACAAAUAGUGGUGGAACAACAUUAACACAUGAUCCCAAGGAAAGCAUGGAUGUCUAUACUGAAAAUAUUCAGCAUUUUGAACACCCAACUAGUUCAACAGAUAAGGUUGUUCGAGAAAUGAAUCCGAUUGUUCGAUCAAUGAGCCAGACAAGUGGUGAUGAUUCACCUUUAGAUCUGAACAUGGAGUACCUAGAGCAUUUAUCAUAUUCGUCGUCUAAUACUUCACCGGAUCUUUUCCGAAGAAAAGAAAUUGGUGACCCAAGCAAUAAACUAGAGGGAACCAUGAUGGAUCACGAGAACUCUAAACGGAGAGCAUUUGAAAACUCAUUGAAGCAGUGGAGAGCUGAAGUAGAUGAAUUGGAGGCUGUGUAUGAGGCUGAAACAGAAGUAAGUCUUUCCAAGGACGAGAUUAACAGAUGUGAAGAAGUCGAUGAACUAUUACUGAUACAGAGACAAGAAAUUGAAGCAAUAAAAGAUCAGAUUGCUCAACUUCUAAAAGACCUUCAGCUGAUCCAGGACCAGAAGCCUGCGCUGGAAAGCCAACUAAGAGAGUCCAACUGCUCGGAGAAAGAGCUAGAGGACAAGAUACUUCAAGCAGUGAAUCUCUUGGUAACAUUUAAGGGAACACGGGAUAAACUGCAGAUAGAGUAUGAUUCUGCUGUUAGAAAAGUUAACAGAUAUAGGGCAUUACAAUCAGAUGAUCAUUCAGGAAUAUCCGACACACAAAAUUUUGCAAUCUCUUUCUUCGACAUCAGUGAGGCUACUCAAAAUUUUGCACCAUCUCAGAAAAUUGGAGAAGGAAGACACGGGAGUGUUUUCAAGGGAAUGCUUUGGCAUAAUAAGGUAGCUAUAAAGAUGCUGCCGUCUUCUGGUUCUCAGAGUGAUUCAGAGUUCAAGAAUGAGAUGGAAGUUUUGUGUAGAGUGAGACAUCCAAAUCUUGUUACACUAAUUGGUGCCUGUCCAGAGUCUCGGUCACUCGUAUAUGAGUACAUUGGAAACGGCAGCCUUGAAGAUUACCUUUCCAGCCCAUCCAAGACUUGUUCUCUUUCAUGGCAAACUCGGAUAAGAAUUGCUAUUGAUAUAUGCUCUGCUCUUCUGUUCUUGCAUGCCAACUAUACUUGUAGUGUGCAUGGAAACUUGAAACCAUCUAAUGUUCUACUCGAUGCAAAUUUCGUUACCAAAAUAAGCGACUUUGGCAUCUUUAAUUUGAUAUCCGAUAAUGAAAAUCCUUUUCGUUCGAACACAUUAUGCAAUAAGAAUGAUCCAGAAACGCUAGCUUACAUGGAUCCUGAAUCUUUCGAGUAUGGAGAGAUUACCGCUGAAUCUGACGUCUACUCAUUUGGAGUUUUAAUGCUAAGACUCUUAACUGCAAAACCAGCUACAGAUCUAGUGAGAGAAGUGAAAUGUGCUCUAGAAAGAGGAAACCUGGAAACUAUCUUGGACAAGUCAGCUGGAGACUGGCCACUUGGGCCCGCGAAGCAGUUCGCUGAUGUGGCUUUGAUGUGCUGUCGAAAGAAUAGCCUUGAUCGACCGGAUCUUGAAUCAGAAGUCUGGACAGUACUCGAGCCUAUGGCAGAGCUGUGCUCUUCCUCGUCAAGCGUGGAUUCAACGACUCAGCAUAACGUGCCUUCGUAUUUUCUCUGCCCUAUUUUCCAGGAAAUUAUGAAAGAUCCGCAUGUAGCAGCAGAUGGUUUCACAUACGAAGAAGAUGCUAUAAAAGGAUGGUUUAAUAGUGGCCACAAGACUUCCCCAAUGACAAAUCUCAAGCUUGAGAACUGUGACCUCCUUCCUAACUAUGCCCUUUAUUAUGCAAUUCAGGAGUGGCACCAAAAUGCAUGAACUUCUCUUCUUACUUUACAUACAAAUAUUUAUGUGUAUAAUCCUGCUUUUGCAUUAUAUAUAUAUAUAUAUA